AGUUUUUACUUAUAUUCUUUGACGUAAACCUGAAAUAAUCAGAAAUCAUGAGCAGCUUCAGCAAUGAAGAGUUUGAAUUCACCUUCCUUGAUGAAGGUUUUACAGCCAAGGAUAUCCUCGACCAGAAAAUAAAUGAAGUGUCAUCUUCUGAUGAUAAAGAUGCCUUCUAUGUUGCUGAUCUUGGGGAUAUAGUAAAGAAGCACAUGCGGUGGCAUAAAGCUCUUCCUCGGGUAACCCCUUUCUAUGCUGUAAAAUGCAAUGAUAGCAAAGCUGUAGUGAAGACACUUGCUGCUCUUGGCGCAGGAUUCGAUUGUGCCAGUAAGACAGAAAUACAGCUGGUGCAGAGCAUUGGUGUUCCUCCUGAGCGGAUUAUUUAUGCAAAUCCCUGCAAACAAGUCUCUCAGAUCAAGCAUGCUGCCAGCAGUGGUGUUCAGAUGAUGACUUUUGAUAGUGAAGUAGAACUAAUGAAAGUUGCAAGGGCCCAUCCAAAAGCCAAGUUAGUCCUGCGCAUCACAACUGAUGAUUCAAAAGCAGUUUGUCGCCUGAGCGUUAAAUUUGGAGCUACCCUUAAGACCAGCAGGCUGCUUUUGGAGCGUGCAAAAGAACUUGACCUUGCCAUUGUUGGAGUUAGCUUUCAUGUUGGGAGUGGAUGUACAGACCCAGAGACCUUUGUUCAGGCCAUUUCUGAUGCUCGCUGUGUGUUUGAUAUGGGGGCUGAACUUGGCUUCAAUAUGUAUCUGCUUGAUAUUGGUGGUGGCUUCCCUGGUUCUGAAGAUGUCAAGCUUAAAUUUGAAGAGAUCACAAGUGUAAUCAAUCCAGCACUGGAUAAAUAUUUUCCUUUGGAUUCUGGAAUAAAUAUUAUUGCAGAGCCAGGAAGAUACUAUGUUGCAUCAGCUUUCACGUUGGCAGUCAACAUCAUUGCAAAAAAAGUUGUAUUAAAGGAGCAAACAGCUUCUGAUGAUGAAGAGGAUGCAAAUGACAAAACUCUCAUGUACUAUGUGAAUGAUGGAGUGUACGGAUCAUUCAACUGCAUUUUGUAUGAUCAUGCACAUGUUAAACCAGUCCUGCAAAAGAGACCCAAGCCAGAUGACAGUUGCUAUUUCUGCAGCAUAUGGGGACCGACGUGUGAUGGCCUGGAUCGUAUUGUGGAGCGUUUCCAUUUGCCAGAACUGCAAGUUGGCGACUGGAUUCUGUUUGAAAACAUGGGUGCCUAUACUGUUGCAGCAGCUUCUACUUUCAAUGGAUUUCAGAGGCCAGCAAUAUACUAUGUGAUGUCGAGACCAGCAUGGCAAUUAAUGCAACAGAUUAAGGAGCAAGGGUUCCUAGCUGGAGUGGAAGAGCAGGAUGUUGCUACUUUGCCACUGUCUUGUGCCUGGGAAAGCGGAAUUGAAUAUCCAGCAACUUGUGCUUCGGCUAGUAUUAAUGUAUAGAUAAUGUUUAGUAGCUAACUGCAAGUUUAGUCAUUGAAUUUAGGACAUUUGGGGGACCAUUAACUUAAUUUUUGCUAGAAUUUUUACUUUUUUUUAAAGUUUAGGCUUGGCAUAAAUGGAACAAAAAAGACUAGGAGAUGGGGGUCACAUUGAUCUGUGUUCCUAUGGAAACUAUUUGAAUAUUGUUUUAUAUGGAUUUUUAUUCACUUUUCACAUAUGCUACUAAAGACUGACCCUCAACUGUCAAACAAGUAUUUGUAGCUUGUGUAUGGCAGAAUGGGCUAAGCUUAGUGUUUGUGACCUACCUGUUUUAAAAUAAAGUAUAUUGAAAUAA